UCUCUUUCUUUCUCUCUUUCUCUCUUUCUCUCUCUCUCUCUCUCUCUCUCUCUCUCUCUCUCUCUCUCUCUCCUUCUUUCCUUUACCUCAUUCUUCGUAUCGAGUCAAACGAGUUGAAUCGACAUCAAGUCUAGUCGAGCCACCGAAGCAAGCAAGGGCAAGGCAUACUUUUUGAGGAAGAAAAGACUAAGCCUUCCGAUAUGACAGAAGAUCCCCAGACCCUUUGGUUGGACCGUUACAGGUCCACGCAGGCACAGGAACGAAACUUGAAGGAGAUGCUGCACCAGAAAGGAGCCACUGGAGUUACCCUUGCUAGGGACAGGUUACGGGAAGAGUACGAGCGACUCCUCCUGACGGACAUUGUCCUGGCUCAAUCUAAGGAGGUCGAGUCGGCUCUCUGGAAGAAUGUCUUUUAUAUCGUGAUCGACGGCUAUCGUCGGAAGCUCGCCACGCUUGGAAGACCGGAGAGCAACAAUGACCAACAGCAGCAGCAGCAGGAUGGAAGACAGGAUGCUCGUAGGGAUAGGGAUGGUGGGAGGUCACGUCCCCAUGGGACUCGAGGCAACAAGCCCCCUGUUUCGUCGGUGGAAUUUCGAAAGGUGUCAACGAAGUUCAGGGCCUUUAUUCAGGAGGCAACAGGAUUUUACCAUCGACUGAUUCAAAACUUGGCAUCGUGCUAUGAUCUGAACGAAUCCGGAGCGACCAUGCAGUCCUUUCCCAUCGGAGACAAGCGCCCGAUGCUGGAGGUAACGGAUGCGGCCCGACAGUGUGCGAUCAGCAGCUGCCAUAAGUGCUAUAUCUUUUUGGGAGACCUCGCUCGCUACCGACAAACCUUUAACGACUCUCCUAAAAAGAACUGGUCGGCGGCACGCGAUUACUACAACGAAGCCAGGAACCUUCUCCCUUCGAGUGGCAACCCCUAUAACCAGCUGGCAGUCAUUGCAACGUUCGCGCCCAACAACUUUUUGGCCCUUUACUUCUACUAUCGAAGUUUGGCGGUUCGUCUUCCGUUCAUGACAGCGCGCAACAACAUCAAGGUGCUGUUUCAAAAGAUGAUGACGGAUCCCGAGAAGGAGAAGAAGUUUGUCAGGGAGGAGCGAUACAACGAUCGACAGGCGGCGAAUAACAAAGACUUGACGCAGCUGAACGAAUUCCUGGCGCAGUUCAUUCUUAUACACGGCUCGCUCUUUUUGAACUCGGUUGAAGAGUUCGAUGGCAGAAUAAUGGGCGAGCCAUUCGAGAAGUUGAUCUUGGACAGACAGAUCGACCCUGAUCUGCUACUCAGGAUCCUCAUUAUCAACAUGUCCAGUCUCUACACCAAGUGCUACAUUCCUCUGCAAGAUGAUGGCCCGACAGUAUCACCGCAGCAGCAAAUCGAAUCUGAGAGACAGGCGCUUCAACUCAUCUUAACUUCCUUUGCGACGAUCCUUCGAUACUCAACUAUUGAUUUGGAGAACCACAGGAACGGAGGCUACAAGAAUAGUGGACGUCCAGCCGACUUUUUGCCCUCGAAUGUCCAUCGAGCCAUGCCUGCUCUGCGACUGUCACUCAAAUGGAUGCAAGUCAAUAUUCACCAUGUAAAGCGCCUCUCGGAUGGACUCUCGGAUAAGGAAAAGGAACGCUUUCAGAUUGAACAACUGCUGGAGGAUCUCGCCUCGUUCCUGACACUGUUGGGACAGGUUCACCCUUACUCUGAGGAUACUAUUUUCUGCAGGGAUGUGCUCAAGGAGGAUGCUGAGCUCCAGGGAUUUGCAGCCUUGAAGAGAGCCAUUGAUGAGCGACCACUGUCGAUGAUUCCGCCCAGCAGGGUCAGUCCCAAAGCGGAAAUGCAAAUGCGUAUUGCGGACAUGUUCCAGGACGCCCUCACGCUUGCCAGGCUCGGCUGGCUGGACUUUUAUGUGAAGCCUACGGAAAUGGAGGAUGGAAAUCAGGGCUUGCAAUUCUUUACUGAACGCCAGGACGACGGAGACGCAACUGUGAAUACCAUCCAUUCAGCUGUGGAGGGAUCGGCACUGGGAUCGGAUGAGGAUGCAGACGAGACGGAUUAUGAGCGCGAGGCAGCAGACGAAGAAAUGAACCCAUUCCAUAUUGGCAAGGCUCUGAAUCGCAAUAGUCACAAUGCCUCGGCGGCGCCAACUCCGGUUACUGAGGCGCAUGGACCGGAUGAUGAGGGCUCUCUGGAUCAGGAUAUCAAGCAGCGGCAGGCUGUCGCCGCGCUGCUGUCGGACGACGAUGAUAAUGAUUUGUCGUUGAUUGUCGGCAACGAUGAUGAUGAGGAGGACGAGGAGGUUGUUUUAUUCAAGGGCAGAAGCAACACUGUCGGAGCGAAGCCCACGUCAAAGCCGGCACAUCUGAAGACGACGACCGGUGUGAUUGGGGCUGGAAGACGAGGUUCGAUGUCUCCCAUAAGAUCCAGCAACUCGUCAUCGCCAGGCUUGGAUCAGAACGGAUCAUCUCAGUUUAGUUCGGCGCGUCCAUCGCCCUCGGUCGACAGUCUCUUUGGCGGGUUUCAAUUUGGAGUCCCGGAUGAGUGGCGACACUCGAUUAAUUCGCUGCGUUCAUCGCCUACUGGCAAUGCGGGCAGCACUGGCGGCAACACCUGGGGAGAUUUUUCAGGACACUCGCUGGGGAACGGCAUGAUUUCGCCCACAUCGCGCGAACCGCGUGAUGGACACUUUCUUCGUCGCUGAUAGACAACUGUUGCCAAGUCAUUAUCUCCUUAGGCAUGUCUGCACUUUUUUUUUUUUAUACAAAUCGAGACAGCUUUGUCCUUCCUGAGGAAGUCGAGAGGAGCGGUCGGGUGUGGCAGUCAAGGGACCGUCAUUGAAGGUCAAACCGCAUGUGUUGGGGGGAGGGCCGCGCAAGCAGCGAUAUCUUCAGACGAGCAGCCAUCGGUGCUCCAAUGGCACCACCCACUUUUUGCCAUCAUGGAUCGAAGUACCGUGAUGAAAGUUGUAGCAGUGAAAAUAAACCAAACCAAGCAGCUUUACCU